AUGGGCCUGGACUACUAUGUCACGCUGGGCGGCGCGCCCGCCGCCGACAUCAUCAGGGCUUACCGGAGACUGGCCUUGAAGUACCAUCCCUUAAAAUGCAAGGAGCCCUGGGCAUCGAAAAGGUUCCUGCAGCUGGCUGAGAAAGGCAUCUAUGACAAGUUUGGGGAAGAAGGGCUCAAAGGUGGAAUCCCCUUGGAGCUCAGGAGUGAUAACCCCUGGAGUGCUGGCUAUGUGUUCCACAACAACCCUGACAAGGUCUUCAAGGAGUUCUUUGGUGGAGACAACCCCUUUGCAGAGUUCUUUGCUGAGGAUGGCUCACAGCUGCUCCUGCCCUUCGGACGGCCAUGCGGCGAAGGGGUGCUGUGCCAGGAACCCCCCAUCCUCAAGGACCUCUACGUCUCCCUCGAAGACCUGUUCCAUGGUUGCACCAAGAAAAUUAGUGUCUCCCGAAGGGUGAUGAAUGAAGAUGGUCAAACAAGCACCAUCAGGGAUAAGAUCCUAACGAUUGACGUUCAACCAGGAUGGAAACAAGGCACCAGAAUCACCUUUGAAAAGGAAGGAGACCAGGGCCCAAAUGUUAUUCCAGCUGACAUCACCUUUGUUGUCAAAGAGAAGCUUCACCCUAGGUUUAAAAGAGACAACGACCACCUCAUUUACACUGCCAUGAUCCCCCUGGGAAAGGCCCUGACUGGCUGCACAGUGGAUAUCUGGACACUGGAUGGGAGGCUCCUGAACAUCCCCAUCAAUGACAUUGUGGACCACUCGUACUGUAAGGUGGUGCCAGGGGAAGGGAUGCCACUGCUUCAGGACCCCCAACGCAAGGGCGACCUCUUCAUCUACUUUGACGUCUGCUUUCCCAAGAAGCUCAGCCCUGAGGAGAAAAUGGUCCUGAAAAGCGUCCUCCCAUCCUAG